CAAUCCAAAUUACAAAACAAGCAAAGAUAUCAAAGUUGUGUCGUGUCGAAUGGUGUGGCCUUCUCCUCCUCCCAGUCUUCCCUGGAAGUCGCUUUCGCUUUUUACAGUGACAGCAAUUAACAGAGAGAGAAGCUCUUAGCAAAACGGAACAAAACCAAACCAAUUAAAGAAUGCACUGCUUCUGUUUGCAGGCCCCUCAUUCUCUGUUUCUUCUCCUGCUCAAACCCCCUUAGUACCCUCUCUUCUGCACAAUUUAGCAUAACUCACUAUUUCCCUCAGUUUUUUCAAACCCAUCUUUCUUUUUCUCUUUUAUCUGAGUUUUUGAGACUCUUCUCCCAAAAGCAAAAGAAGAAACGGGAAAAGGAGAAAUACUUCAGUAGAUCCCAUUCCAACUUCUUGAUCAUUUGUUUGGUGCCAAACCCUUGUUUUCUUUAACUGUUUUAUGCUAAGUUGUCAGCUUUAGUCACUAUUUUUCAGUAAAUUUAGCUUACUUAUCCUUUAUCAAAUUUAUGCUUAUUUCAUUCCUUUCUUUUAAAUUUAACAUCAAAUCCUCUUCAUCAAGAGGCAAAUCUUGAACCACCCUUUCUACUUUUGUUAAAUUUAUUUCCAGUUUCUUCCUCAAUUUCGAAUCUUGAAACUUGUUGCCACUCUUGAUGCAUACACAAAUGUUAAGUGCAAAGUCUUGUUUCGUUCCACUAAUAUGUUUUCUUUCUCUUCAAAUCCUCUCUGUACGUUCGUACUCAACACAACCCAUGAACUGUACGGACACCACACGCCUCUGCACAUCGUUUUUGGCCUUUAAACUCCAAGAGAACCAGACUCUAGCAGUGAUCCAAAGCAUGUUCGAUGUGUUACCUCAAGAUGUAACCGUGGAAGGCAAUGAUCAUGGCUACAUAUUCAUCAAGAAGAAUUGCUCAUGCUUAUCCACAGCCAAAGUUUAUGCCUCUAACACUACAUAUACAAUGAAAUCCAAUGAGGGUUAUGUGUAUGACAUUGUGAUCGACGCUUAUGAUGGGCUUGCUUUCCUGCCCAAUACAACUAGAUUAGCCAAGAUUGGUGCAGUGAUUUCAUUGAGGUUGUUUUGUGGGUGCUCAAAUGGGUUGUGGAAUUACUUGAUGAGUUAUGUGAUGGGGGAAGGAGAUAGUGUGGAGUCACUGUCAAGUCGAUUUGGGGUUAGUAUGGAUAGUAUUGAGGCAGUUAAUGGGAUAGGGAAUCCAGAUAAUGUUACUGUUGGUGCUCUCUAUUAUAUUCCCUUGAAUUCAGUUCCUGGUGAGCCUUAUCCUGUGGAGAAUGACACUCCUCCUAGUCCCACUCCAGUUCCUGAACCUUCUUUUGACAGUUUCUCAGAAAAUUUAUCUAAUCAGAAGACACAUGUACCAUACGGAUGGAUCAUAGGGGGUCUUGGGAUUGGUCUUGCACUGAUCAUAUUUUGUAUAGUUAUUUGUGUAUGCCUGAAGUCCUCCAGCUGCUUUUCAAAAGCUCGAGGAGAUCAUGCUAAAGACCCUGAUGGCAAGAGUUCUCAUAAGUUUCAUAUUCUUCGUAAGCCAAGUUUCUGUUGUGCUUCGGGAAGGUAUCCGUCUGGCAAAUCUGGAGACCGGAAGCAAACAAAUGGAGAAUCUAGCAGCCACCAGAUUACUAUACCUAAAGCUCUAGGAACUGACAUGCUUGACGUGGAGAAGCCUGUGGUUUUCACAUAUGAAGAAAUUAUUUUUGCAACUGAUGGAUUCUCUGAUUCAAGUCUUAUUGGGCAUGGAACAUAUGGUUCUGUAUAUUACUGCUAUCUUCGUGACCAGGAGGUUGCAGUAAAGAGAAUGACUGCUACAAAAACUAAAGAAUUUAUGUCGGAGAUGAAAGUGUUGUGUAAGGUCCACCAUACAAAUCUGGUAGAAUUAAUUGGCUAUGCAGCCAGUGAUGAUGAGCUCUUCCUAAUUUAUGAGUAUGCCCAAAAGGGUUCACUUAAAAACCACUUGCAUGAUCCUCAGAAUAAGGGCUAUACAUCACUUUCAUGGAUCAUGAGGGUCCAGGUUGCACUUGAUGCCGCUAGAGGUCUCGAAUACAUCCAUGAGCACACUAAAACACACUAUGUUCACCGCGAUAUCAAGACAAGCAACAUUUUACUUGAUGGUUCCUUCAGGGCUAAGAUUUCAGAUUUUGGAUUGGCAAAACUUGUUGGAAAAAGAGGUGACGGAGAAGCUACAACAACAAAAGUUGUUGGUACAUUUGGAUAUCUAGCUCCAGAAUAUUUGAGUGAUGGUCUUGCUACAGCCAAGAGUGAUGUGUAUGCAUUUGGUGUCGUUCUUUUUGAGAUCAUAUCUGGGAAGGAAGCCAUAAUACGAACUGAAGGUGCAGUGACAAAAAAUCCUGAAAGACGGUCACUCGCAUCCAUUAUGCUAGCAGCUCUUCGGAACUCACCUGACUCCAUGAGCAUGUCAAGCUUGAAAGAACACAUUGAUCCUAAUAUGAUGGAUUUAUAUCCCCAUGAUUGUGUAUUCAAGGUGGCCAUGCUUGCAAAACAAUGUGUGGAUGAGGAUCCCAUCCUACGACCUGACAUGAAGCAACUUGUGAUUUCACUGUCGCAGAUCCUUCUAUCCUCCAUUGAGUGGGAAGCAACUCUUGCAGGAAACAGCCAAGUAUUCAGUGGCCUUGUCCAAGGAAGAUAGUGAUUGAGCAAUCUCCUUUUCAAUCCCCAAUCCUUUGACCUCCCCCCUGUACUUUGUUCCUCACUUGAGCCCUUGUAAGCUUGUAGUUCCGCGUGCAUAGUGGCACUAAGAUGGUGACAUUCCAAUGAAGUGGUAAUAUAGUUGCGGUUUUCUUCCUCUUUA